UUGAACUUGACGCAAAUAAACGUAAUCACGCAUUUAAACACGUCACUAACCCGGAAGUGAGCGCAGGGGCGGGACCAAAGGAUCACAACAGAGCAGCUACACCAUUUCCAGUUGUGUUUUGUGCCUCUGAAACACGCUGUUCUUUUCUUUCUCCACCGACAACGGACAUGUCACGAAAACCCAAAGAUGAAUACUACCGUUUUUUCACCGUCACUGACCCACGCACACACGAGAAGGGACACACCGAGUACAAAGUGACAGCAAGGUUUGUGUCCAAGCGCCAUCCGGAAGAUGUGAAGGAGGUGGUCGUGUGGAGGAGGUUCUCAGAGCUGAAGAAGCUCCAUGGGGAGUUGGCCUACACUCACAGGAACCUGUUCAGAAGAGAGGAGGAGUUUCCAUCUUUUCCCCGCGCACAAGUAUUCGGGCGGUUUGAUGAGGCCGUGAUCGAAGAGAGAAAGAAUGCUACCGAGGCCAUGCUUCUGUUUACUACCAGCAUACCUGCCCUCUACAAUAGUCCACAGCUCAAGGACUUCUUCAGAGGUGGUGAAGUCACAAGGCCUCUGGAUGCCGCUCCUCUGUCCUCCACUGGGCCUCUGCCGCCCCCUCUCAUCCCCCUCCCCAAGCGGAGGGACUCGGACUGCGAACCAGCCGAGGAGGAGGAGGGAAGGGAAGCUCCCACCUUACCCCAGGACCUGGGCACCAACCUGGGAUUAGAUGUAGUAGAACCGGAGGUGGCGACUGAGGCUUACAGCGAGAUGGGAGGCUCUCCGAGAGAAGAACAAGAAGAAGAGGAGCCGAGCGAUACAGAGCUGGACGACGGAGUUCCGUCUCCCGACCGAAGCACAGCCAUAAACCUCCAAUCACAAGAGUCCCAGGAAGAAUUCGAUUCACUGUUCGACUCUUUGGCCGAAGAGCAAGUACCAUUGCCAAAAGAGGAAGGGCCGCCUCCUCUGACAGACAAUGAUUUGGCUGUCUUUGAUCCCUGCUAUAAACAAGAUAAAUCCAGUUUUUCCGGUGACCACUCAGAGUUGUUCUCACUGCCGCCUACCAGUCUGGACGGAGAGGACGUUGCUUACUUAAACCAAGCAUCCACUGAGCUAACAGCUGCGAUGGAGAAGGAGAAGGAGGGAGAGUUUAGUUCAGCCAUUUGUGGGUACAGGACGGCGGUGGAUAUCCUGAUCACUGGAGUACAGGGAGACCAAGACCCGGUACGCAGGGAGUCUGUGAUGAGAAGGACAGCACAGUAUUUAAAGCACACUGAGAUGUUGGUGGACAGGCACUCCUCACCCACACACACUCCCACUCCCACACACACACGUGCACAGGACCCGUAGAGGCACACUUGUGUGUGCACUGUUCACACACACAGAAGGACAGCUGAAAGACAAAGAAGCUCAGGUGUUGUGACAUACACACACACACACUCCUGAGGUACGCACUACACAUCUCACUGCUACAGUAAAAAAUGUGAUUAGCUAAUCUAAAAUAAUUUGAAUGGAUAAAUAAUCCUUCCAAUCCUCUUGUCUGAUUUUUACCCUCCUUUUAUAAUGUUAUCUUGUUAAAUAGUUUGCCUUUUGCAAAAUUGAUGUUAUGAUUAAUAAAAAU